AUGCUCAAGAGAGAUGACAUCCCUUUUGGCGCUCGAGCCUUAGAGAGAGGCGUGGAAGUCCCAGGCAUAUGGAUCUGCAGUCCUGACAGUCCAAGCCUUAGUCCUCAACCCCCCGAAAAGCCAACCAUAAGAAGCCGAUCGCCCAGUCCAGAAGCGAGGCCACCUAGCCCGGCACCGAAACCACUUAGUCUAGCACCAAGACUUGUUCCCACUCACUCCCGCCUCAUUAACCACUCACCCCCAACGCCGCGCGAUGACUCAAUCCAUUCUCCGGUCGCUGUGCCACGGUAUGCCCGUCCUCCUUCCAUCCAGUCUCAUCGCGACAUCACUGGGCCCAACAAGUACAGAUAUGAAUCUUACAGGCCUCGUGGAGGUUAUCCACCAACGACGAUAGCCCCGACUAUAGCCAGUGCCCCAGUUACCCCUAGCUCCUUCAAUCGUCGAAACGAGGCCUUCGGUAGCCAUGAAAAGCGGGCUAGUUUCCAUAACCGAGUCUUGCGUGCCAGCCAAUUGUUUGAUUCCAAGCGAAGCAGGUCAGGAACGAGCGAGCAAGAGGAGUUUGAUCUGGGAUCACCCCGCCAUGAGCGUGAUUCUCGCCUCCAAGCCGAGCAGCAUAGGGCUUCACGUACCCAUAGAAUCCUUCGCAGACGAUCGUCUGAAGAGUUCAGACGCAAGAUGAGCCGAAUAUUUAACGACAGGAUCCACAUGAACUCGCCGGCCGAGGAACUCCAGUUCGAUCCCAGGUUGCGAGAGACCAAGCGACGGAGAUUUCGGACGUCGGUCCAGUCGCAUUCUCAGUCAUGA